AGAGAAAGAGAGAGAAAGAGAGAAAGAGAGAGAGAAAGUCUACAAGAAGAUAAACUAAUAAGGUGGAGAAUAUGAUGGCAGAAAAUUUAGCUAAAACUUUUGCAGUAGAAGAUUUCAAUGCGGAAAAAUUUGUUAAAGAUCUCAGCGCACAGUGUAUUGGCGCAGAUGAACUUAGACAACAACGUGCAAAAAUUCAAGAACUUGCCAAUAAUACUUCUGCUUUGCUGAAGCGCAAUGUCUAUCAAAAUUAUAUGCAAUUUAUAGAAACAGCAAAAGAAAUUUCUCAUUUAGAAAGUGAAAUGUAUCAGUUGUCGCAAUUGUUAAGCGAGCAACGUUCUUUAUUAAGCAUACUUGGCUCUACGAGAACUACUGGCCUUAUAUUCGAAGAUCUAUCAGAAACCCAACAAGACAAUAACAACGAUAAUAUUACCAAAGAGCAGGAGCAAAAGCAAAAACUGAUUCAACUGCUUGAAAAUGUAGAAGGUGCAAUGAAUUUAGCAGAAAUUGCUGGUCGUGUUUGUUUGCACGAAGGUUCUCUUCUAGAAUUAGAUCCAGUAGAUGGGAUGCCAUUGAAAAGAAUUCAUGCUUAUUUAUUCAACGAUGUAUUAAUGAUAGCUUCUUGGUUAGCUAAUGGUGGCAAAAGGGGCCCACCAAGAUACAAGAUGCAAGUUGUGUAUAAUUUACAAAGUUUAGCUGUUGUCAAUAUUAGAGAUCUGGGUACAGUUCAAUUGGCAUUUAAACUACUUGCCUUUCCAGAUACUAGGGUAUUUCAGUGUGCAACUGCCACAAGUAAAAAAGAAUGGUUGGACAAAUGUGAACAAGCAAAAAGAGCCAAGUUGGCCCAAGAAAAUGGUAGUAACGAUGCAGAUAAGAAUACAAAUUCUAAGGAAAAACAAGCUAUACCAUCGCGCUCUAUGUCUUUGGAAUCAAAUACAUUAGGUAUAGACGAUGAAGAGGAGUUGGAAUAUCACGAGCCUCCACCCGAAUGGAUGUUAGAAGUAGCUGAGGAUUUAGAUUCUUGUAUAGCACAACGUCACUUUGAAGAUGCUUAUAGUCUUUUAGAAAGAGGUAGGACAUAUUUAAAAGAUGCGACAAUGACACCUCUUUUAUUGGAAAUUAAAACAAAAGUUAAUGAGAGAGGACGCGCUCUCAUCGAUGUUUUAAUCAAAGAACUUGAAUUGAGUUCAAAGUCGAAAUCGCUACAAGGUGGUGGUUUACGAAGUGCACGGCGCAUAGUCAGACUUUUAAUACAAUUAAAUCGCAGUGCUCAAGGAUGUAAGUUGUAUCUAAGAUUAUGUAGUACUAUGCUGGAAGCAAGGAUUAAAAAAGUAAAGAGAGAAGGUGCCAUUGUGCCUUAUAUACGACAAAUUAGUGCAAUUGCUUUCAGUAAUAUAGCAGAAAUGGCUAAAGAAUUUUUAAAGCUUUUUCCACAGUCUACAAAUUGUACCUCGGGCUUAGUGGUAUGGUGUAGUCAAGAAAUCAAAUACUUGAUGUCGCAUUUGACUAGUCUGCUAUUCGUCCCACAAGUAUCAUUAAGCGUUUUAACGGAAUGUAUCGUUGCUGUUAGAAGUCACUGUGACCAGCUAACGCAACUAGGCAUGGAUUUUCGUUAUCAACUAGAUGGCCAGCUUAGGUUCCCUUUAUCUAAAGUUAUACAAGUUACUAGCAAAAAUUACAUCGAUACGUUCGAGGCCCAUGCUGUAAAGGAUACGUGGAGCCCGACUAAUUUGCAAAAUAGUCAAAAUCUUCGAAAUUUAUUAUUGGAAUUGGAUAAUCUUAGUAUCGGUGUACCACAAGCUUAUAAAACGAACGAUUUUUGGAUCGCAUUAACCAGUAAUACGCUAGAAUUUUCCAAAUUGUGCAUUAAUUUUAUCGAGAAUUGUCUUAGCAUUGCUACUCCAGAACUUAUGCAGACAAUCGAUACUGCUCUUUUAUCAUUGAUAGAAAAAGAAGUAGAACAUCUAACGAGGUCUCUUAAAAAUCCAAAAUUAAAACAAGAGAGACAAAUUAUACAAGAUAACGCGGCUUAUAUUAGAGAUAUAAUUGUUAAUAGAAUUCUGGAGUUAUACGAAAGUGCAACAAAUCAGAAGUUUACUAGACUUUCAGUACUAAAGGAACAAAUUGUGUUCGAAGCAAUUUCUCCAGUGAAACCUAAAGCCGCACCUAGGACUUCUGUAUCUAAAUACUCAUCCACUGAAUAUAUUUAAAUGAUGCGUCAUUGAAAACAAUAUUAACGCUGUGCAAAAAAUAUUUUCAUACAACUGAAAGAU